CAACAGUUGAAGGAACCACAACGGAGUCUAUUCCAUCUACAUCCACAAAGCCACCUAAAGAACUCACCACUGGCCCAACAACCACUUCCACCACUGUAAUUGUUGAAACCUCUACCUCAACACCACAGCCCACAUCAACAGGUGAAGAAACAACAGGGCCAGUUGGCAUUACUUCCAAUCCCACAACUUCAACAACAACAACAAAGGCACCUACCACAAAUGCAGAGGAAAUUACACCUACCACAGGUGGAACUACAACAGUUGAAGGAACCACAACGGAGUCUAUUCCAUCUACAUCCACAACGCCACCUAAAGAAUUCACCACUGGCCCAACAACCACUUCCACCACUGUAAUUGUUGAAACGUCUACCUCAACAUCACAGUCCACAAUAACAGGUGAAGAAACAACAGGGCCAGUUGGCAUUACAUCCAGUCCAAUGACUUCAACCACAACAACAAAGGCACCCACCACAAAUGCAGAGGAAAUUACACCUACCACAGGUGGAACUACAACAGUUGAAGAAACCACAACGGAGUCUAUUCCAUCUACAUCCACAAAGCCACCUAAAGAAUUCACCACUGGCCCAACAACCACUUCCACCACUGUAAUUGUUGAAACCUCUACCUCAACACCACAGCCCACAUCAACAGGUGAAGAAACAACAGGGCCAGUUGGCAUUACAUCCAACCCCACGACUUCAACAACAACAACAAAGGCACCCACCACAAAUGCAGAGGAAAUUACACCUACCACAGGUGGAACUACAACAGUUGAAGAAACCACAACGGAGUCUAUUCCAUCUACAUCCACAACACCACCUAAAGAAUUCACCACUGGCCCAACAACCACUUCCACCACUAUAAUUGUUGAAACCUCUACCUCAACACCACAGCCCACAUCAACAGGUGAAGAAACAACAGGACCAGUUGGCAUUACUUCCAAUCCCACGACUUCAACGACAACAACUGCGGAGGUAAUUACACCUACCACAGGUGGAACUACAACAGUUGAAGAAACCACAACGGAGUCUAUUCCAUCAACAUCCACAAAGCCACCUAAAGAAUUCACCACUGGCCCAACAACCACUUCCACCACUGUAAUUGUUGAAACCUCUACCUCAACACCACAGCCCACAUCAACAGGUGAAGAAACAACAGGGCCAGUUGGCAUUAGUUCCAAUCCCACAACUUCAACAACAACAACAAAGGCACCUACCACAAAUGCAGAGGAAAUUACACCUACCACAGGUGGAACUACAACAGUUGAAGGAACCACAACGGAGUCUAUUCCAUCUACAUCCACAACGCCACCUAAAGAAUUCACCACUGGCCCAACAACCACUUCCACCACUGUAAUUGUUGAAACGUCUACCUCAACACCACAGCCCACAUCAACAGGUGAAGAAACAACAGGACCAGUUGGCAUUACUUCCAAUCCCACGACUUCAACGACAACAACUGCGGAGGUAAUUACACCUACCACAGGUGGAACUACAACAGUUGAAGAAACCACAACGGAGUCUAUUCCAUCUACAUCGACAAAGCCACCUAAAGAAUUCACCACUGGCCCAACAACCACUUCCACCACUGUAAUUGUUGAAACCUCUACCUCAACACCACAGCCCACAUCAACAGGUGAAGAAACAACAGGGCCAGUUGGCAUUACUUCCAAUCCCACGACUUCAACAACAACAACAAAGGCACCUACCACAAAUGCAGAGGAAAUUACACCUACCACAGGUGGAACUACAACAGUUGAAGGAACCACAACGGAGUCUAUUCCAUCUACAUCCACAACGCCACCUAAAGAAUUCACCACUGGCCCAACAACCACUUCCACCACUGUAAUUGUUGAAACCUCUACCUCAACACCACAGCCCACAUCAACAGGUGAAGAAACAACAGGACCAGUUGGCAUUACUUCCAAUCCCACGACUUCAACGACAACAACUGCAGAGUUAAUUACACCUACCACAGGUGGAACUACAACAGUUGAAGAAACCACAUCGGAGUCUAUUCCAUCUACAUCCACAAAGCCACCUAAAGAAUUCACCACUGGCCCAACAACCACGUCCACCACUGUAAUUGUUGAAACCUCUCCCUCAACACCACAGCCCACAUCAACAGGUGAAGAAACAACAGGACCAGUUGGCAUUACUUCCAACCCCACGACUUCAACAACAACAACAAAGGCACCCACCACAAAUGCAGAGGAAAUUACACCUACCACAGGUGGAACUACAACAGUUGAAGAAACCACAACGGAGUCUAUUCCAUCUACAUCCACAAAGCCACCUAAAGAAUUCACCACUGGCCCAACAACCACUUCCACCACUGUAAUUGUUGAAACCUCUACCUCAACACCACAGCCCACAUCAACAGGUGAAGAAACAACAGGGCCAGUUGGCAUUACAUCCAACCCCACGACUUCAACAACAACAACAAAGGCACCCACCACAAAUGCAGAGGAAAUUACACCUACCACAGGUGGAACUACAACAGUUGAAGAAACCACAACGGAGUCUAUUCCAUCUACAUCCACAACACCACCUAAAGAAUUCACCACUGGCCCAACAACCACUUCCACCACUAUAAUUGUUGAAACCUCUACCUCAACACCACAGCCCACAUCAACAGGUGAAGAAACAACAGGACCAGUUGGCAUUACUUCCAAUCCCACGACUUCAACGACAACAACUGCGGAGGUAAUUACACCUACCACAGGUGGAACUACAACAGUUGAAGAAACCACAACGGAGUCUAUUCCAUCUACAUCCACAAAGCCACCUAAAGAAUUCACCACUGGCCCAACAACCACUUCCACCACUGUAAUUGUUGAAACCUCUACCUCAACACCACAGCCCACAUCAACAGGUGAAGAAACAACAGGGCCAGUUGGCAUUACUUCCAAUCCCACAACUUCAACAACAACAACAAAGGCACCUACCACAAAUGCAGAGGAAAUUACACCUACCACAGGUGGAACUACAACAGUUGAAGGAACCACAACGGAGUCUAUUCCAUCUACAUCUACAACACCACCUAAAGAAUUCACCACUGGCCCAACAACCACUUCCACCACUGUAAUUGUUGAAACGUCUACCUCAACAUCACAGUCCACAAUAACAGGUGAAGAAACAACAGGGCCAGUUGGCAUUACAUCCAGUCCAAUGACUUCAACCACAACAACAAAGGCACCCACCACAAAUGCAGAGGAAAUUACACCUACCACAGGUGGAACUACAACAGUUGAAGAAACCACAACGGAGUCUAUUCCAUCUACAUCCACAAAGCCACCUAAAGAAUUCACCACUGGCCCAACAACCACGUCCACCACUGUAAUUGUUGAAACCUCUACCUCAACACCACAGCCCACAUCAACAGGUGAAGAAACAACAGGGCCAGUUGGCAUUACUUCCAACCCCACGACUUCAACAACAACAACAAAGGCACCCACCACAAAUGCAGAGGAAAUUACACCUACCACAGGUGGAACUACAACAGUUGAAGAAACCACAACGGAGUCUAUUCCAUCUACAUCCACAACGCCACCUAAAGAAUUCACCACCGGCCCAACAACCACUUCCACCACCGUAAGUGUUGAAACCUCUACCUCAACACCACAGCCCACAUCAACAGGUGAAGAAACAACAGGACCAGUUGGCAUUACUUCCAAUCCCACGACUUCAACGACAACAACUGCAGAGGUAAUUACACCUACCACAGGUGGAACUACAACAGUUGAAGAAACCACAUCGGAGUCUAUUCCAUCUACAUCCACAAAGCCACCUAAAGAAUUCACCACUGGCCCAACAACCACGUCCACCACUGUAAUUGUUGAAACCUCUCCCUCAACACCACAGCCCACAUCAACAGGUGAAGAAACAACAGGGCCAGUUGGCAUUACUUCCAACCCCACGACUUCAACAACAACAACAAAGGCACCCACCAGAAAUGCAGAGGAAAUUACACCUACCACAGGUGGAACUACAACAGUUGAAGAAACCACAACGGAGUCUAUUCCAUCUACAUCCACAAAGCCACCUAAAGAAUUCACCACUGGCCCAACAACCACUUCCACCACUGUAAUUGUUGAAACCUCUACCUCAACACCACAGCCCACAUCAACAGGUGAAGAAACAACAGGGCCAGUUGGCAUUACAUCCAACCCCACGACUUCAACAACAACAACAAAGGCACCCACCACAAAUGCAGAGGAAAUUACACCUACCACAGGUGGAACUACAACAGUUGAAGAAACCACAACGGAGUCUAUUCCAUCUACAUCCACAACACCACCUAAAGAAUUCACCACUGGCCCAACAACCACUUCCACCACUAUAAUUGUUGAAACCUCUACCUCAACACCACAGCCCACAUCAACAGGUGAAGAAACAACAGGACCAGUUGGCAUUACUUCCAAUCCCACGACUUCAACGACAACAACUGCGGAGGUAAUUACACCUACCACAGGUGGAACUACAACAGUUGAAGAAACCACAACGGAGUCUAUUCCAUCUACAUCCACAAAGCCACCUAAAGAAUUCACCACUGGCCCAACAACCACUUCCACCACUGUAAUUGUUGAAACCUCUACCUCAACACCACAGCCCACAUCAACAGGUGAAGAAACAACAGGGCCAGUUGGCAUUACUUCCAAUCCCACAACUUCAACAACAACAACAAAGGCACCUACCACAAAUGCAGAGGAAAUUACACCUACCACAGGUGGAACUACAACAGUUGAAGGAACCACAACGGAGUCUAUUCCAUCUACAUCUACAACACCACCUAAAGAAUUCACCACUGGCCCAACAACCACUUCCACCACUGUAAUUGUUGAAACGUCUACCUCAACAUCACAGUCCACAAUAACAGGUGAAGAAACAACAGGGCCAGUUGGCAUUACAUCCAGUCCAAUGACUUCAACCACAACAACAAAGGCACCCACCACAAAUGCAGAGGAAAUUACACCUACCACAGGUGGAACUACAACAGUUGAAGAAACCACAACGGAGACUAUUCCAUCUACAUCCACAACGCCACCUAAAGAAUUCACCACUGGCCCAACUACCACAUCCACCACUGUAAUUGUUGAAACCUCUACCUCAACACCACAGCCCACAUCAACAGGUGAAGAAACAACAGGACCAGUUGGCAUUACUUCCAAUCCCACGACUUCAACGACAACAACUGCAGAGGUAAUUACACCUACCACAGGUGGAACUACAACAGUUGAAGAAACCACAACGGAGUCUAUUCCAUCUACAUCCACAAAGCCACCUAAAGAAUUCACCACUGGCCCAACAACCACGUCCACCACUGUAAUUGUUGAAACCUCUACCUCAACACCACAGCCCACAUCAACAGGUGAAGAAACAACAGGGCCAGUUGGCAUUACUUCCAACCCCACGACUUCAACAACAACAACAAAGGCACCCACCACAAAUGCAGAGGAAAUUACACCUACCACAGGUGGAACUACAACAGUUGAAGAAACCACAACGGAGUCUAUUCCAUCUACAUCCACAAAGCCACCUAAAGAAUUCACCACUGGCCCAACAACCACUUCCACCACUGUAAUUGUUGAAACCUCUACCUCAACACCACAGCCCACAUCAACAGGUGAAGAAACAACAGGGCCAGUUGGCAUUACAUCCAACCCCACGACUUCAACAACAACAACAAAGGCACCCACCACAAAUGCAGAGGAAAUUACACCUACCACAGGUGGAACUACAACAGUUGAAGAAACCACAACGGAGUCUAUUCCAUCUACAUCCACAACACCACCUAAAGAAUUCACCACUGGCCCAACAACCACUUCCACCACUAUAAUUGUUGAAACCUCUACCUCAACACCACAGCCCACAUCAACAGGUGAAGAAACAACAGGACCAGUUGGCAUUACUUCCAAUCCCACGACUUCAACGACAACAACUGCGGAGGUAAUUACACCUACCACAGGUGGAACUACAACAGUUGAAGAAACCACAAGGGAGUCUAUUCCAUCUACAUCCACAAAGCCACCUAAAGAAUUCACCACUGGCCCAACAACCACUUCCACCACUGUAAUUGUUGAAACCUCUACCUCAACACCACAGCCCACAUCAACAGGUGAAGAAACAACAGGGCCAGUUGGCAUUACUUCCAAUCCCACAACUUCAACAACAACAACAAAGGCACCUACCACAAAUGCAGAGGAAAUUACACCUACCACAGGUGGAACUACAACAGUUGAAGGAACCACAACGGAGUCUAUUCCAUCUACAUCUACAACACCACCUAAAGAAUUCACCACUGGCCCAACAACCACUUCCACCACUGUAAUUGUUGAAACGUCUACCUCAACAUCACAGUCCACAAUAACAGGUGAAGAAACAACAGGGCCAGUUGGCAUUACAUCCAGUCCAAUGACUUCAACCACAACAACAAAGGCACCCACCACAAAUGCAGAGGAAAUUACACCUACCACAGGUGGAACUACAACAGUUGAAGAAACCACAACGGAGACUAUUCCAUCUACAUCCACAACGCCACCUAAAGAAUUCACCACUGGCCCAACUACCACAUCCACCACUGUAAUUGUUGAAACCUCUACCUCAACACCACAGCCCACAUCAACAGGUGAAGAAACAACAGGACCAGUUGGCAUUACUUCCAAUCCCACGACUUCAACGACAACAACUGCAGAGGUAAUUACACCUACCACAGGUGGAACUACAACAGUUGAAGAAACCACAACGGAGUCUAUUCCAUCUACAUCCACAAAGCCACCUAAAGAAUUCACCACUGGCCCAACAACCACGUCCACCACUGUAAUUGUUGAAACCUCUACCUCAACACCACAGCCCACAUCAACAGGUGAAGAAACAACAGGGCCAGUUGGCAUUACUUCCAACCCCACGACUUCAACAACAACAACAAAGGCACCCACCACAAAUGCAGAGGAAAUUACACCUACCACAGGUGGAACUACAACAGUUGAAGAAACCACAACGGAGUCUAUUCCAUCUACAUCCACAAAGCCACCUAAAGAAUUCACCACUGGCCCAACAACCACUUCCACCACUGUAAUUGUUGAAACCUCUACCUCAACACCACAGCCCACAUCAACAGGUGAAGAAACAACAGGGCCAGUUGGCAUUACAUCCAACCCCACGACUUCAACAACAACAACAAAGGCACCCACCACAAAUGCAGAGGAAAUUACACCUACCACAGGUGGAACUACAACAGUUGAAGAAACCACAACGGAGUCUAUUCCAUCUACAUCCACAACACCACCUAAAGAAUUCACCACUGGCCCAACAACCACUUCCACCACUAUAAUUGUUGAAACCUCUACCUCAACACCACAGCCCACAUCAACAGGUGAAGAAACAACAGGACCAGUUGGCAUUACUUCCAAUCCCACGACUUCAACGACAACAACUGCGGAGGUAAUUACACCUACCACAGGUGGAACUACAACAGUUGAAGAAACCACAACGGAGUCUAUUCCAUCUACAUCCACAAAGCCACCUAAAGAAUUCACCACUGGCCCAACAACCACUUCCACCACUGUAAUUGUUGAAACCUCUACCUCAACACCACAGCCCACAUCAACAGGUGAAGAAACAACAGGGCCAGUUGGCAUUACUUCCAAUCCCACAACUUCAACAACAACAACAAAGGCACCUACCACAAAUGCAGAGGAAAUUACACCUACCACAGGUGGAACUACAACAGUUGAAGGAACCACAACGGAGUCUAUUCCAUCUACAUCCACAACGCCACCUAAAGAAUUCACCACUGGCCCAACAACCACUUCCACCACUGUAAUUGUUGAAACGUCUACCUCAACAUCACAGUCCACAAUAACAGGUGAAGAAACAACAGGGCCAGUUGGCAUUACAUCCAGUCCAAUGACUUCAACCACAACAACAAAGGCACCCACCACAAAUGCAGAGGAAAUUACACCUACCACAGGUGGAACUACAACAGUUGAAGAAACCACAACGGAGACUAUUACAUCUACAUCCACAACGCCACCUAAAGAAUUCACCACUGGCCCAACUACCACAUCCACCACUGUAAUUGUUGAAACCUCUACCUCAACACCACAGCCCACAUCAACAGGUGAAGAAACAACAGGACCAGUUGGCAUUACUUCCAAUCCCACGACUUCAACGACAACAACUGCAGAGGUAAUUACACCUACCACAGGUGGAACUACAACAGUUGAAGAAACCACAACGGAGUCUAUUCCAUCUACAUCCACAAAGCCACCUAAAGAAUUCACCACUGGCCCAACAACCACGUCCACCACUGUAAUUGUUGAAACCCCUACCUCAACACCACAGCCCACAUCAACAGGUGAAGAAACAACAGGGCCAGUUGGCAUUACUUCCAACCCCACGACUUCAACAACAACAACAAAGGCACCCACCACAAAUGCAGAGGAAAUUACACCUACCACAGGUGGAACUACAACAGUUGAAGAAACCACAACGGAGUCUAUUCCAUCUACAUCCACAACGCCACCUAAAGAAUUCACCACCGGCCCAACAACCACUUCCACCACCGUAAGUGUUGAAACCUCUACCUCAACACCACAGCCCACAUCAACAGGUGAAGAAACAACAGGACCAGUUGGCAUUACUUCCAAUCCCACGACUUCAACGACAACAACUGCAGAGGUAAUUACACCUACCACAGGUGGAACUACAACAGUUGAAGAAACCACAUCGGAGUCUAUUCCAUCUACAUCCACAAAGCCACCUAAAGAAUUCACCACUGGCCCAACAACCACGUCCACCACUGUAAUUGUUGAAACCUCUCCCUCAACACCACAGCCCACAUCAACAGGUGAAGAAACAACAGGGCCAGUUGGCAUUACUUCCAACCCCACGACUUCAACAACAACAACAAAGGCACCCACCAGAAAUGCAGAGGAAAUUACACCUACCACAGGUGGAACUACAACAGUUGAAGAAACCACAACGGAGUCUAUUCCAUCUACAUCCACAAAGCCACCUAAAGAAUUCACCACUGGCCCAACAACCACUUCCACCACUGUAAUUGUUGAAACCUCUACCUCAACACCACAGCCCACAUCAACAGGUGAAGAAACAACAGGGCCAGUUGGCAUUACUUCCAAUCCCACGACUUCAACAACAACAACAAAGGCACCCACCACAAAUGCAGAGGAAAUUACACCUACCACAGGUGGAACUACAACAGUUGAAGGAACCACAACGGAGUCUAUUCCAUCUACAUCCACAACGCCACCUAAAGAAUUCACCACUGGCCCAACAACCACUUUCACCACCGUAAGUGUUGAAACCUCUACCUCAACACCACAGCCCACAUCAACAGGUGAAGAAACAACAGGACCAGUUGGCAUUACUUCCAAUCCCACGACUUCAACGACAACAACUGCAGAGGUAAUUACACCUACCACAGGUGGAACUACAACAGUUGAAGAAACCACAUCGGAGUCUAUUCCAUCUACAUCCACAAAGCCACCUAAAGAAUUCACCACUGGCCCAACAACCACGUCCACCACUGUAAUUGUUGAAACCUCUCCCUCAACACCACAGCCCACAUCAACAGGUGAAGAAACAACAGGGCCAGUUGACAUUACUUCCAAUCCCACAACUUCAACAACAACAACAAAGGCACCCACCACAAAUGCAGAGGAAAUUACACCUACCACAGGUGGAACUACAACAGUUGAAGGAACCACAACGGAGUCUAUUCCAUCUACAUCCACAAAGCCACCUAAAGAAUUCACCACUGGCCCAACAACCACUUCCACCACCGUAAGUGUUGAAACCUCUACCUCAACAUCACAGUCCACAAUAACAGGUGAAGAAACAACAGGGCCUGUUGGCAUUACUUCUAGUCCAAUGACUUCAACAACAACAACAAAGGCACCCACCACAACUGCAGAGGUAAUUACACCUACCACAGGUGGAACUACAACAGUUGAAGAAACCACAACGGAGUCUAUUCCAUCUACAUCCACAAAGCCACCUAAAGAAUUCACCACUGGCCCAACAACCACUUCCACCACCGUAAGUGUUGAAACCUCUACCUCAACACCACAGCCCACAUCAACAGGUGAAGAAACAACAGGGCCAGUUGGCAUUACUUCCAAUCCCACGACUUCAACCACAACAACUGCAGAGGUAAUUACACCUACCACAGGUGGAACUACAAAAGUUGAAGAAACCACAAUGGUGACUAUUCCAUCUACAUCCACAAAGCCACCUAAAGAAUUCACCACUGGCCCAACAACCACUUCCACCACCGUAAGUGUUGAAACCUCUACCUCAACACCACAGCCCACAUCAACAGGUGAAGAAACAACAGGGCCAGUUGGCAUUACUUCCAAUCCCACGACUUCAACCACAACAACUGCAGAGGUAAUUACACCUACCACAGGUGGAACUACAAAAGUUGAAGAAACUACAACUGAGACUAUUCCAUCUACAUCCACAACGCCACCUAAAGAAUUCACCACUGGCCCAACAACCACAUCCACCACUGUAAUUGUUGAAACCUCUACCUCAACACCACAGCCCACAUCAACAGGUGAAGAAACAACAGGGCCAGUUGGCAUUACUUCCAAUCCCACGACUUCAACCACAACAACUGCAGAGGUAAUUACACCUACCACAGGUGGAACUACAAAAGUUGAAGAAACCACAACAGAGACUAUUCCAUCUACAUCCACAAAGCCACCGAAAGAAUUCACCACUGGCCCAACAACCACGUCCACCACUGUAAUUGUUGAAACCUCGACCUCAACAUCCCAGCCCACAACAACAGGUGAAGAAACAACAGGGCCAGUUGGCAUUACUUCCAACCCCACGACUUCAACAACAACAACAAAGGCACCCACCACAAAUGCAGAGGAAAUUACACCUACCACAGGUGGAACAACAAAAGUUGAAGAAACCACAACGGAGUCUAUUCCAUCUACAUCCACAAAGCCACCUAAAGUUGUCACCACUGGCCCAACUACAUCUUCUACAACUUAUAUAAUUGUAACUUCAAGUUCAACAUCACAGCCUUCAACAACAAGUACAGAAACAACAGAGCCAGUUGUCAUCACAGGCACAUUAGCAACAACAACAACUCCUUCAGCAUCGCCACAAGUGAUUAUUACACCUACAUCACAAGGAGUCACCACCAGCCAGUGCAUUUGCAAUGUUAAUGGGACACAGUAUCUACCAGGGAACCUAGUGUAUAAUGUGACCGAUGCUUCAGGGUGGUGCUUCACGGCUUACUGCAAAGCCACAUGCCAAGUUGAAGUGGAAUCAAAUCCAUGUCCUUCCUCUACACCACCCACUGUAUCACCCACAACGUCAGAAGAGACCACGACCACACCACCAACAACCCAAUCCUCCCCAGACUGCACUAGCGUCCAGCCACCAAGAAAGAAUGGAGAAUCUUGGCAGCUGAAUAGCUGUACCACAGCAGUUUGCCAGGACGGCAUUGUUGUCCAGCUACCAGUAAAAUGCAAGCCAGUGGAGCCACUACAGUGUGAGAAUGGUCGUCCACCUGUCAAGGUCUAUGAUUCAACUGGAUGCUGCUUUACAUAUGAAUGUGAAUGUGUAUGCAGUGGAUGGGGUGGAUCUCACUACAUGACAUUUGAUGGAGUAUAUUACAAUUUCCAGGAGAACUGCUCAUACACCUUAGUGAAAGAAAUCAACUUCAAAUACAACCUUACCAUUAUUGUUGAUAAUCACUACUGUGGAAACGCCGACAGUGGAUUCUGUCCUCAGUCCCUUAUCAUUCAUUACAAAUCCUAUGAAGUGAUUCUAACCCAGCAGAGAUCUGGUGACACAACAGAAAAUGUGGUAUAUGUCAACAGUAAACGAAUCUACCCAGCUUACAGAAUGGGUGACAUUGCUCUAACAAGUACUGGUGUGGAGGUCGUGCUGGAGAUCACUGAUCUUAAGGUUCAAGUGUCUUACAAGGGGUCAUCAUUUAGCAUCAACCUUCCUUAUUCCCUCUUCCAAAGCAGCACAGAGGGCCAGUGUGGUACCUGUGAUAAUUCCCAGAAGAAUGACUGCCAGUCACCUAAUGGUCAGAUACAGAGCUGCUCAGUCGCAGCUAGCCAGUGGCUGAUUCCAAACCAGGACUGUCCAACUCCUCCAACAGCACCACCCUCUACCACCACGGCAACCCCAAGCACAUCCCCUACCCCCUGCAAGACAGUCAUUUGUGAAAUCAUGAACAGCAAGGUCUUUGAGGAAUGCCAUAAAGCGGUUUCUCCUGAUGCCUUCAUUCAGGCCUGUAGAUCAGAUGUCUGCAACAAUGCUAUUUCUAGCUGCUCUAGUCUGGAGGCGUAUGCAUCUGAAUGUGCAAAUAAAGGGAUCUGCAUUGACUGGAGGAAGUCCACAGAUGGAGAAUGUGAGCAUACAUGCCCAGCCACUAAGGUGUACAUGCCAUGUGGUCCAGCAGUUGAACCAACAUGUAAUACAAAAUAUAAUGAGAAGUAUUUGAACAACCAAACCCAAAUGACCAAUAAGACGAAGGAGGGUUGCUUCUGUCCAUCUAAAACCAUCUUGUUCAGCACCUACUCUGAUACUUGUGUGGUCUCCUGUGGCUGCACUGGACCUGAUGGCAACCCCAAAAUGCCUGGUGAUACAUGGGAAAGUGGUUGCCAGCAGUGCACCUGUGACAUGGACUCCAUGAUUGUCCAGUGCCAGCCUACUACCUGCCCCACACCAGCCACACCCAUCUGCAAUGAGACUGGAUACAGAUUGGUGAACAAGACAGAAGGCUGCUGCCAGAAAUAUACAUGUGAGUGCGAUGCACUGCUUUGCCCCAAAGUCAUGAUGGACUGCCAACCAGGGUGGGAGGCAAUUAUAAGCACGUCCAUCUCAAGUUGCUGUCCAGAGUAUACCUGUGUUCCUAAGGGUGUAUGUGUUUACAAUAACAUUGAAUACCAGCCUGGUGCUGAAGUUCCUGAAGGAACUUGUGAGAAUUGUAUCUGCAGCUCGACCAUGGAUCCUAGCACCAAGCUCAACAACAUUGUGUGCACAAAUAUCUCCUGCGACACUACAUGUUCACAGGGCUUCCAGUAUCAGGCCAUACCUGGUCAGUGUUGUGGGAAGUGUGUACAGACAAGCUGUGUGGUUACUAUGCCAGAUAAGACCAAACACACUAUUCAGGUGAACGAAACGUGGUCACCACCUGGUGACAAAUGUGUGAAGUACACAUGUGAGAAAACUGGUGGCCAAUAUAUACCAGGGGAGGUGAAGACUGUGUGCCCUGCAUUCAGCCCAGAGAACUGUGUCCCAGGCACAGAAAAGACAGACGCAAAUGGAUGCUGCAAGACCUGCACAGAACGCAGCAAUGUCUGUGAGAUGAAGUACACCACCACUAGCAUUGUCAUCAGUGGCUGUGCGACCGCUGAGCCUGUGGAGAUCAAUUCCUGCUCAGGAAACUGUGGAACCUCUUCUAUGUACUCAGCAGAGGCGAACACCAUGAUGCACUACUGCUCCUGCUGCCAAGAGGCGACCACUAGCCAGAAAGAGGUGGAGCUGAUGUGCCCUGAUGGGUCAAAGGUCAAGCACUCCUACAUCCACGUUGAGUCGUGUGGAUGUCAUGUCACAGACUGUGAUGCAGGCACGACCACCGCCCCGGGGACAACGAGACCGCGCAGGAGGAGGCGCUAAACGUCUAGGGAGACAACAUGCACACUGACAUAGGAAUUAUCCUCAUGACAAGGAAUGUUUAGUCCAAAUUUGUUUUCUUGUUACGUUUUGAUUAAAUCUGUCAUGCCAGUUUAUUUCUACAAUCGGCAGCACUUAGCAUUAUGUUCUUAUACCUUCAUUGUAAAAUUCAUGUAUUUUCUAUGAUAAAUGUGGUGGAGAAUCUCUUUUCUCAUUUGCAGUAAUUAAUAAACAACAGCAGCAUCAUGUGCAUGUUCCUUU